CUGGGGUCACAUAAGGCUAUCUUUGGGGGCUAAGAACUGGUUAGGGUACCCCCUUGUGUUCAGAAGCAGUACUACAACUAUAUUUUUAUACUUUUUACUAUCUCUAGACUUUCUUGCACAGUGGUGAAUAUGAAGUAUUCCUCACUGACCUCUUCAUGCAACUGCCCUGUGUGUUACAGUAAUUACCAGUACAACAUCCCUGGAUCUUGUCCCACUGCAAGACUCCUCCUCUGCUUCUCCACCUACUGCCUCUAAAAACAUAGCUCCAAACACUGCACUGUGAAGCAUAGCUUGUCAGAACUUUUAGCUGUGUCCUGUCUCCAGUCUAUCACACCAGCUUCAGUCAUGCGGAUAGCAGUCAUUGGGCAAAGCCUUUUUGGAAAAGAAGUAUAUAAGGAGCUUGUAAAGGAAGGACACCAAGUGGUAGGAGUAUUCACUAUUCCUGAUAAGGCAGAAGGCAAACCAGAUCCACUAGGAGCAGAAGCAGAGAAAGAUGGUGUACGUGUCUUCAAAUUCCCACGCUGGAGAGUUAAAGGUCAAGCUCUGCCAGAAGUGGUGGAACAAUACAAAUCAGUGGGGGCUGAGCUAAAUGUUCUUCCCUUUUGCUCUCAGUUCAUCCCUAUGGAAGUCAUUGAUGCUCCUAAACAUGGCUCUAUUAUAUAUCAUCCUUCCAUUUUGCCUCGACACCGGGGAGCCUCCGCCAUUAACUGGACCCUGAUGCAGGGGGAUAAGAAAGGCGGCUUCACUAUUUUCUGGGCUGAUGAUGGGCUGGAUACAGGUGACAUUCUCCUGCAGAAAGAGUGUGAGGUCCUUCCAGAUGACACAGUCAAUUCAAUAUACAACAGAUUCCUCUUUCCAGAGGGAGUUAAAGGCAUGGUGGAAGCUGUCCAGCUCAUCACUCAAGGCUCAGCUCCAAGGAUCCCCCAGCCAACUGAAGGAGCCACAUAUGACCCCAUACAGAAAAAGGAAAAUGCAAAGAUUAACUGGGAUCAACCAGCUGAAGCAAUACACAAUUUUAUCAGAGGAAAUGACAAGGUGCCAGGAGCUUGGGCUGAGGUCAAUGGAAGUAAAUUGACCUUUUUCGGUUCAUCCUUUACUUCCAAUGGACCAAACACUGAGGGAGAACCUCUGGAAUUCCCUGGGGCAUCAAAGCCGGCUUUGGUGACACAGAAUGGUCUGGUGCUUUUUGGAAAUGAUGGGAAAACGCUGACUGUGAAGAACCUUCAGUUUGAAGAUGGUAAGAUGAUUCCGGCAUCUCAAUACUUUAAGUCAUCAGACAAUACAUCCUUACAGCUGUCAAAAGAAGAGCAAGCCAUAGCAGAUGAUAUUCGGGCUGCCUGGAAACGUAUCCUCACCAAUAUCCCACAGAUUGAAGACUCUACUGACUUCUUCAAAGCUGGAGCAGCAUCUAUGGAUGUAGUAAGGCUGGUGGAAGAAGUGAAGCUGAAAUGUAAUGGUCUACAGCUGCAGAAUGAAGAUGUCUACAUGGCCACCAAGUUUGAGGAGUUCAUUCAGAUGCUCGUGAGGAGGCUGAGAGGGGAAGAUGCAGUCGAGGAAUUAACCAUAGAUUAUGUAGAAAAGGACAUUAAUAACAUGAAGAUCAAGAUUCCUCAUCAGCUUUUCAUCAAUGGACAAUUUGUAGAGGCUGAAGGCGGGAAAACCUACGACACAAUAAAUCCUACGGAUGGGAAUGCUAUUUGCAAAGUGUCUCUGGCCCAGGUAUCUGAUGUUGAUAAAGCUGUAGAUGCUGCUAAGGAAGCCUUUGAAAAUGGUGAAUGGGGCAAAAUGAAUGCAAGAGAUCGAGGCCGUUUGAUCUACAGGCUUGCUGACCUUAUGGAGGAACAUCAGGAAGAGCUGGCUACCAUUGAAUCCAUAGACUCUGGUGCUGUGUACACUUUGGCCUUGAAGACUCAUGUGGGAAUGUCCAUACAGACGUUCCGAUACUUUGCUGGCUGGUGUGAUAAAAUUCAGGGCUGCACCAUCCCAAUUAAUCAAGCUCGACCAAAUCGGAAUUUAACCUACACCAAGAGAGAGCCUAUUGGAGUGUGUGGAAUUGUCAUCCCUUGGAAUUAUCCACUCAUGAUGUUGGCAUGGAAAGCAGCAGCUUGUCUUGCAGCAGGUAACACAGUGGUACUGAAGCCGGCUCAGGUGACCCCAUUAACAGCUCUGAAGUUUGCUGAAUUAACUAUAAAGGCUGGUUUUCCUAAAGGAGUGGUUAAUAUCCUGCCUGGAGCUGGGUCUCUUAUUGGACAACGUCUCUCUGAUCAUCCUGAUGUCAGGAAAAUAGGAUUUACAGGGUCCACACCAAUAGGAAAGCAUAUCAUGAAAAGUUGUGCACUGAGUAAUGUAAAGAAAGUAUCAUUGGAGCUGGGUGGGAAAUCUCCUCUGAUCAUCUUUAAAGACUGUGACCUGGACAAAGCUGUACGGAUGGGAAUGGGUGCAGUGUUCUUUAAUAAAGGUGAAAACUGCAUUGCUGCUGGGCGACUGUUUGUGGAGGAUGGCAUUCAUGAUGAGUUUGUAAAGAGAGUGGUGGAAGAAGUAAAAAAGAUGAAGAUAGGGGACCCUCUGGAAAGGUCCACAGACCAUGGACCCCAGAACCACAAGGCCCACCUAGAUAAACUAAUUGAAUAUUGCCAAACUGGUGUGAAGGAGGGGGCCACCCUGGUGCAUGGUGGAAAACAAGUUCCAAGACCAGGCUUCUUCUUUGAACCAACUAUAUUCACUGAUGUAGAAGAUCACAUGUUCAUCGCUAAAGAAGAGUCGUUUGGUCCAGUUAUGAUCAUCUCUAAGUUUACUGAUGGGGAUGUUGACGGGGUCCUGAAGAGGGCAAAUAACACUGAGUUUGGUCUUGCAUCUGGAGUUUUUACCAAAGAUAUCAGUAAGGCUUUGUAUGUGAGCGAAAAGCUCCAGGCCGGGACUGUCUUUGUCAACACCUACAACAAAACCGACGUGGCUGCACCAUUUGGGGGCUUCAAACAGUCUGGGUUUGGGAAGGAUUUAGGUGAAGAAGCGCUGAAUGAAUAUUUAAAGACAAAAGCUGUUACUAUUGAAUACUAGAAAUGUCUCUCGUUUCAUACAGAAUCGUCUAGAAGCCUUGAACUGCAUUAGGCUGGGCUCCC